AUGGAAGAAUUAACAGAAUCAAUAGAAGCUCUGAAUCCCACAACAACCGUAGCAUCAAUAAUUCAAUCAAUACUUCAAACAGAUACGACGGAAGAAGGUGUUAAAGUAAAUUCAGACUUAAGUUUUGAUAAUCUUAAAGAAGAAGAAACUCCAAAUUCCGAGUCUCCUGAUGGACGUGAGUCACAACAUAGUACGAUGGCACUUAUUUUAUUGGUGGCACUCUUUGGAUUUCAAUUCUUGAUACUUUAUUGGAAACAAAAACAUUAUCCUCAUUUUUGGAGAUUUUCUAUUAUUUGGACAUGUUAUUCUUUGGCUAAUACAUGGGUGUUAUAUCAGGCAUCAAGAAAACCUUUAGAUCACAAAACUCCAAGAUUAGUUUAUAAAUGGUUUUCGAUAGUUUAUAAAGUAUCAUAUGCAGUGGGAAUAAUAGGUUAUUCCAUUCUGAUGCUCGUAUUUUUUGGAUUGGUUCAAUUAUUUUAUCAAGGAUCGGAAAUUACUGAACUUGGAAUUUUACUUUUAUUAUUAAGUAGAGAUUUUGUAGAAAUAUGUACAGAUAGAAUGACAUCAACUUUAGGAUAUUAUAACAAAGAUGGAUUUCCACGUAAACACCUUCGAGCAAAUAUAUGUGCAAUAUGUGGAGUUGCGGCUACUGAAUCAAAUGAAGGAAUUAAUAGUAUAGGUGGAGCUUGUAGACAUGUAUUUCAUGAAGAAUGUAUACGUGGAUGGUGUUUAAUAGGGAAAAAGGAUAUUUGUCCUUAUUGUAAGGAAAAAGUUGACUUGAAAGAAUUCAAAACUAAUCCGUGGGAUACUCAGCAACAACUUUAUCUCAGUUUAUUAGAUGGAGUACGUUAUUUGGUAGUUUGGCAACCUAUAAUUUUCGGAACCGUACAAAUUACUUAUCACUUGAUGGGUUUAAAUUAA